CUUGGGGGGUACAGUUCUACGUCUACGUGACAUCGGGGGACAUCGGAUAUCUACGUCUACGUGAGGGUGUACAGUUCUCGCGAGUCGUGAUGCCCGUGCACACAUAGUUGCUCUCAGUCUUCCUACCUUCUAGAUAGGUGGUUCUCGCCUCACACAGUCUCUAGAGUGACUGUGGUAUAUCUCGCAAUCGAAUUGCUCAUUGACUUGCCCCUCAAUAUAAACACACAGUGGCACAUUUCCGACACACGUAUGUUGUCUCACUGAAAUGUUAACCGUCAAGCAAAUGAAUCGCCAUCCUGAGCGCCUUCGUCCUCUGGCAUGACGUUGUCUUCAUCGUCAAGCUGCCACAGAGAAAGCAAUCCGAUGGCAUACACUAAUUCAUCUGCUGCCACACAGCCCACUUGCUCUUCAUCUGGUGCACCGAAGCCAGUGGCAUUUGCAUCGUCCAGCUCGUCAAGCUGCAAAAGCAGACAAGUGAAAGUUUUUCCUUUCCGUUCCUCAUAAACCGAACCUCAGGCAGAGGAAAUCGGAGGAUUGCGGCAAUGCCAGAUAGUUGGGACAGCUCUGGCAGGGAAAGAAUGGGAAAAAGUGCUCCUUGCAGUAAACAUUGCUGUCAACUUACGUUCCCCAGACACAUGCAUACUCGAGAAAAUGUGGGCCUCAGAGCCACCUGAGCAGCGAUAUUCGCAUUCAUGCAUAUCGACAGAUCGACGGAUAGGUGUCGUGUAAUCACCGGCUUGUUUGACCGCUUCGACUAUGUGAUUGUAUCGCCGCCUUGUGCUGACGUUGCUUGCCCUAUGCAGCAAAGCGAGCAGCUAGGCUUACGAAUAGUUCGCUUCGCCGUGCCUUGCUUGUUCCACCUGAACAGACUGUCUAAAAUAAGUAGCGUCUGUACAGCCCCCCUCUCGACAGCCAUCUCCACCUAUUUGACACGGCAUGCACCACGACUGCAAUAAUUGAUUCGGAAGGGGACUUGGCUAGCGACUUGCCUGACACGGCCCAUAACACGUCCGAUCCGGCUCAUUUUGAAGCAUAUGGUAGAAGGACUCAAGUGCCAGCACUUGCUUCGUCGCUUGCGUGUCCUGAAGCUUCUGUUGCACAGCUGGAUCGUUCAGUAUUUCAUUCAAGGCCUGCCUGACAAAGCCACGACAUGGCCAAGCGCGGUGGCGGCUGGAAGUGCGUCGCUUUCAGAGUCUAGCCCACUUGUACGCUGACGAUGCUCUUGCCGAGACGAAAAACCCUCUGUUUGAGAGCAGACUGGCGGCGCUUUGACCCCUGAUGCGAAGCACGAAACAACAAAACAGGAACACGCUGAUACCACACAGCACAUUUCUCUCGGCUGUUCCGCACUUGGUUUGAGCCUCCUGCCACAUCCAUUUGAGGAAAUCGUCCUGCAGGCAAACAGAAAACAGACCAUUUCCAGACUUCUGUCGUCCGUGAGUACUCGAGCUUUACCCUUACAAAGCCUGGACCAGCCACCAGAACACAUUUCACGACGCUGAAGUCUAUGUGCUGCUGUAUGGCACCCAUUACUUGCUGGAAGAAGCGCUCGAUAGCCUGAGACGACGACACAGGUCACCAUUCCAAUUCGAACGAGCGAAUGGUUCUCCACCUUUUGGUGCCCGCUGAACAAACCGCGCUUCUUUGGUAUGUUGACUUGCACCUGAUUCCGCAGGCAUGUCGCCUGUGCAGAUGAUAACGAGCUGAUACACGUCAUCCUGUCCCACCUUGCAAAGUUCCUUCGCAAGGCAGCUCGUCAGAAGGUAAAAAUUCGCAACGCCCUGGUCGAUCAACUGUCAAGCAGACAGAUGCCAAGGAUAGAUGCACUCUGCACUCUUGGUGCUUUGGCCGUACGAUAGCUGCGACUUCAGCGCUUCUCUUGGCGUCAACUGCCUGCUGAAGACGAUCACGAGAGAUGAAAUCCCAGUUCGACUGGAGGCACGCACGGAUUGGCAUCGUUCUCUGGUCAACUAAGUGGUGAAACAGGCCCUGAGUUACUUUCAUGACGCUGAGGUUGCUAUUAAGCUCCACCUCAACCGUAUGAAACUGCCCCAGCUGCAAGAGAUUGCAUGAGCUUGAAACCAUUAACUUCGAGCAUUCACUACACACGUACCCUAAUGAACUCGUUUUCGCACACAUUCUUGCCGGAGAAACGAAUGAGAUUCGCUUUACCAUCAUACUCGACACUCUGCAAAAGACAACACAGGGGGGGAAUUGUCAAUCAGCCGCAGAUCAGCCAUCUACGGGCUACCUUGACGGCCAGGGUGAGCACCAGCUUCUUCAUGAAGGCUUGGGUUGAGCCCAGCGACCCCUCACGUUGCACCUUCCUGAGGUACACGCUAUUGCUUUGCGGGUUGUAUCAUGUCCUGAUAUCUAUUUGGCUCACCGAUAAGUCUGUGCUCGUAUCCUGUCGCCUCGCACGACGAUGUUGUAGAUGUGCCACAGAUCCUCAGCUUCUUCGGGAAUGAGCGUCACAACUCCACCUCCAUCCUUCUCGAAAUUUUGUUCGGUCACCUUCAUGUCCUCUUACUCGCGCGUCGGCAAUGGUAAUGGCGGGAGGGAGGAGUUGGAAGUCACGGCGUAGAUCAAACGCGAC